AUGGAAAACAGAAAGGUCGCCAUUUUCCCCGCCUCUGGCAAGCUCGGUGGAAGCUUAAUGAAGCACGCCCUCCGACUAAUACCUGCUCAUCAUAUCGUCCUGAUCUCUCGUUAUCCCACCAAAAUCCCAGAAAGUUAUCGUGAUGCUGGUGUGAUAGUUCGAGCUGCCGACUACGACUCCCUAAAGACACUGGAGAAUGCAUUUUCGCAAGUGAAAACCCUGUUUCUCAUAUCUUAUCCUACAUUCCAACAUGAACAUCGCACCAAGGCGCAUAAAUUGGCGAUUGAUUCCGCUCUCGAAAGCGGAGUGAAGCACAUCUUCUACACUUCUUUGGCGUUCGCAGGCGGUGGCGACCAUUCGGUCGCACACGUCAUGCAGGCCCACCUCGACACAGAGAAGUAUCUCGCGCACUUGGCCAGCGAGAACCCAUCCUUCUCUUACACCUCUAUUCGCGAAGGUCUAUAUUCGGAGUCUUUCCCCAUUUACACAGCGUUCUUCAACAUAAAAGGUACGUCUACUAGUGAGAUCCUCAUUCCGCACGACGGUCAAGCACCCGGUCUGGCUUGGGCGAAACUAGACGAGCUUGGUGAAGCUUCGGCUCUGCUUCUGGCUAGAUUCUAUGCCGCUCCUGACCACUUUUCGGACAAGAACCGGGUUUUGCUGCUGUCGGGCCCUCGUGAAUGGUCUCUUAACGAGACCGUGCAGGCCCUCAGUCGAAUUGUAGAAAGAGAGGUAUCAAUCCGCCACGUAUCUGUGGAUGAGUACGCCGCUCAGCCAUCCAUUGAAUCUGGUCUUACGAUUAAUGGUAUAAAAAUGGCAAAGCAAUGGGCAACUGCAUAUGAUGCCAUUCGCAAUGGGGAGACAAGAGUGGUUUCAUCUUUACUCAGAGACAUUCUUGGGCGUGAGCCAGAGGAUUUUGAGACAACCAUUCGAGCAAUAGCGACGCAACGAUGA